AUGCAGCAACAUAACGCAACUCAGCACCGAGGAAGCCAAGCUUUGUUCGGUUCUGAACAUCCCGGCAGGGGCCACCGCAGAAGGAGCCAAGCAAUGCAACGUGGCUCCGGCAAAGUUGGGCCUCACGAGCAAGCUCCAGGGAUGUUGAAGUUGACAGGCUUCCUUCUGCGAUGUGCAAGUGCCUCGGAGUGCUCUUUGAAACACGACUCCUCCAGCGUUUCAGUGCUUCCUGCCGCAGCUGCAGCCAGGCGGCGAAUGCGAUCCUGGCUCUUUGAGUUACGACCCGUGCCGGCCCGACAGCUCCCGGAGCAGCGCGCAGCAUUCGGGUGCCUGCUGCGUGGAAACCUCUCCGCUGCGGUUCGUUCCACCGCGGGCUUGCUGUCUCUGUUCCAUUUCGACGCCAUCCGGGCAAAGCUGGUUGAGGAUUGGUUCGGGAGCCACAUCCUUGAAUGCCACAACUCUGAGGGCAGCAGUGGCGGGUGCGCCGUGACGAGUGUGGACCGCGUCGAGGGCCUGGCGCUCCUCCUGGCAGGAACCGAUUGGCUUCAAAGUGCAGCCGAGGUGCCCGCGCCGUCCGCACACGCGAUUCACAUGUGGGUGAUGAGUACCUGCACUUCCUGCACCAUUGCGGGCUUACUUGGAGGCGGCACUCUCUACGUGGACGGGAGUGGAUACCUAGCUGCGAAGUCGCCGUCUGGCACAGCUUGGCAGCCGGCAGCUGGUCCGCUCCUGAACGACGGCAACUUCCACUUCGUCGCUUUCUCGCUGGGCGCCUCGCAUGGGGAAGUUCUCCUUGCUGACGGCACUGUGCUCGCACAGCGAUCCUUCCAGGAUGCGCAAAGUGCUGGGUGGUCCUCACCGACACCUGUGAAGGUCAUGUUCGGCAAAUCUCAGACGGAAGCUGCGCUUGGGAACUACUCGGGUGAAAUUGAUGUUGCAGCAGUUUUCACAACGGAGCUGUCCUUGAAGGAGCUCAGGCACCACAUGCUCGCAGGGUCAUGGCGAGGCCCAGGUUUGACCUUUGCCGAGCGCUACUUGACAGCGGCUUGUCGGGCACUCGAAAAAGUGACGUUUGAAGCUGGCCGAGCUGAUCCGGGCCUCGCUGUGCUAGCUGCGAGUCGCUAG